AUGUCUCGCUCAUCAAAGUCACUUACUCUCUCUCGGAUUGAAGAUCUGACCCUUGGUUCAUUCGCUUUCGUACCCACCUCAGAAACAGUCGAUCACCUCGUCAGAUAUCUGAGCACAUGGAGUGGCAGCGACAAGUUCUUCAUGAUAAUCCAACAUACACUGAAGCUUUUGGUACCAUUUCUGCACUUCCGCGCGCGCAUGCAACAUCGUGCGGGCCUGCGAAAGGAGCCCAUUAGCUCUGCUGCAGAGAGCUUAGUCAAGUUCAGUAACAUUAUAAGCGAUGCUAGGAUGUUCUUCCGCAUAUGGGGCCUUUUACCCAUUAUCCAGUGGCUCACUUCGAUUGAGCGCAAGCAGCCACCGACUCGUCGCAUCCUCACAAUCGAACGAUUACAGGGAUGGUCAAUGCUCGCCUAUUACCCCCUUGAGCACUUAUACUAUUUGGUUGCGCAUUCCAUUGUUCCUUCCAAGCUUUCUGCAGUGUCUCUAUUAUCACUCUUACCAUCCUUGGGAUCGAAGCCGGGCGACAAGAGCAUCACUUUGGACGCAAAGUCCUUAGGGAUGUGGUCAUGCCGCUUCUGGAGUCUUUAUGUUGCGUUGCAGUUUGCGCAUCUCCUCGAGGACAGGAAGCUACUAAAAACACGAGAACGUACGGUGUCCAAGACCAAGUCUGUGGUUGCAGAGUCAGAGAAGGAGGAACUGAAGAAAAGAUGGGAUUCUUUCUGGAGCGAGGUGAUUGUCAACUUGGGCAACCUACCGACGGCCAUUCAUUGGUCACUGGAACGAGGUCUCUUUGCUAGCGAUAUUUGGCUUGACGCCUUUGGUCUCGUAGCCGGCUUGGCAUCUUGGAGGAGCGGCUGGAAGGCAACAGCGCUACCUAUCGUACCACCUGCAUCAGAGGCCCCAGACCUGUCAUCAACAGAGCCUUCAGCACAUUCUUCUAUGACUUUGGACCCAGAUAUUGUGGCGCCGCCCCUCAACGAUUCCGUCACAGGAUACUAA